UUUGUCAAUGCAGAGAGACAGCCGAUUAGUAAGGUGUCCUUUGAUCGGUAUAUAUACGGAAAUUUUUCUCCGAGACAGCACAGUUCUUCGGCGUCUCUUCUGUAGAUCUAACUAGAUCCCAACUCACAAGCGAUUCUUCGAUUAGUGGAAAUGGCAUUCAAAUUCGUUGCUCUGUUCGCUCUGGUGGCUGUUGCCACUGCACAGCACUACGAUCCUCAUUACUACCAACAACCGCAAUACCAUGCUCAGCCAGCUUUGGUGAAAACUGUGCAACCAGCUUUGGUCAAGACCCUGCAGCCGGCUCUGGUCAAGACUGUCAAGCACGUCGAAUAUCCCGAUACUCCCGCUGAAUACCAAUUCCAGUACUCUGUCCAUGAUGAACAAACUGGUGACAUCAAGAGCCAACAGGAAGAACGUCAUGGAGAUAACGUAAAGGGAGUCUACACUCUGAUCGACGCUGACGGUUUCCGUCGUAUUGUUGAAUACACUGCCGAUGAGCACUCCGGAUUCAAUGCUGUUGUCCGCCGUGAACCUCUUGAGGGCCACCACGCUGUCAAGACCAUUGCUCCAGUUGCUAAAUAUGUUGCCCCAGUUGCCAAGGUUGUGGCCCCAGUUGCAUACGCUGCUGCCCCAGUCCACCAUUACCAGCCAGCUCCAGUUCAACGCCUGCAUUACCAGCCUGCUCCUGUUCAGCACUAUCAGCCAGCUCCAAUCCACCAUUACCAACCAGCCCCGGCCAAGGUCUACACUGCUCCAAUUGCUAAGGUUGCAGUUCCAGCCGUUACUAAAGUCGCUGUCCCAGUUGCCAAGGUAGCUUAUGCUCCCCAUCAUGAAACCACCAACCACGUGCAGUUCAGCGGAUUGUCUUCCAACUACCACUACUAAAUCGCUUGCUGCCAGGAUCAACGAUUGACGGAUGAUAUUAGCGCCAUAGCUUCUGCUCUUUGAGGGCUCAAAGACGGGAGUGUUAACUAGUUGUAUAUACAUGUAUAUAGUCAUUAUAGUUACAGAAGAAUGAAGUGAAUAUAGACGAUGAAAGCUAUGAAAAAA